CACAUGCAAAUGAGAUCACAAUAAAAAUUUAUCUAAAUACGUAAGAAAUUAGGAGGAACAGAUUGGAUAGACCAGGAUUAAACUACUAAUUUUAUUAUGCUAGUUAUAAACCCUGAGAUUUUGAUAUUUCUGGAUCUCAAACCUCAGAGAAAUGUAGCAUAUCUACUCCAGGAGCUGGUAAUGGAAGAAAAGAAAUACAAGAGUCAUUAUUUGAAUGUUUUGGGCCACAAUUAAAUGAGCUUGGACCUCCAUCCUGUAAUUUGUCUCAGUCAUCCUUUUGUUUUCUUGCAGAAAUCUGAGUUCUGGUCAGAUCAUCCUGUGUGAUGUAAAGCUCUCCUGCUGUCAAUGCAGCAGGCUCGAGUCUCUAAUGAAAAUCUCUUUUUCUACAGAAACUUAGAGAAAGUUGCCCGUAUUGGCUCCUAAAAUGAAUGUAAGGUUAAGGUGUGUGGGGUUGAAACCAACCUAUUUUCCUUUGCCAUGUCUUGUUCUAGAAGAAAACCAGUGUGAGCUGCUUCAGAACAAUGGUCUGCCACUUAUGAUUCAGGUAUUGACAGAAUCUCAGGACGAGGAACUCAUCAAAGCUGCUACUUUUGUGCUGCAGAACUGCAAACAAAAGAGUAAGAACCUGGGAUUGUGAUGUCAUUGCAUUAGCAGAAGGAAGGAAUACUUCCUGCAGGAAAAACAGUGGAGGCCAAAGAACCAGCCAACCUCCAAAUGCUGGCUCUCCCCUGGAGAGCUUCUCCCUAGGCCAGACACUUUGAUGUCAUGAAGAGAAAAAGUGUCACUGCCAGAGGCCUUGGAGUUGAACAUGUUAAUUUGUUCCACCCCAUUGGUUUCCCUCCCUAUCAAUCCACCCCGAUCCAUGUAUCCCAGUUUCCCCCUCCCCUCUCCUUCCCUAUAAAUAUCACGGUUUUUCCCCAGUUCCAGGAGCUGCUGUCACUGGCUCUGUUCACUGAGGGCCCUGCUAUAAUAAAGGCCAUUUCUCAGUGGAAUGCCAUCCAGCUCUCCAGUCUCUCUCUCCGUGUUGCCUGCACGCUGCCGCUGAGCUGAGCUGACUCUGCAGGCAGAGGAUGUGCCUGUGGCCCUGGGCAGUCCUUUUCAGGACGGCUUCUUCAGGGCAGUGGCGGCACCCCUGCCAUCGACACCGCCACAGCAAAAGAUGGCAAUUUUGACCUUUGAGAAGCAAGUCAUGAUCUGACUGGAAGAUUAAAACAGAGCAAGCCAAACUGCAGUAGUAACACCAGCUCAUUCUGCGAGAGCAUAGCUCAAAGAGGGAAUUAUGGCUCAUGGGCUGCAGAUAAGAGAUGAGGACAGCGGCUACAACAAAAAUCUGUUUUGCAUUCCUAAGCAUUAUGAAGAGGAUUUAGAAAGAGUCUUCAUUCCUCACGGACUCAUCCUGGACAGGACAGAGCGUUUGGCUAGAGAUAUCAUGCAAGACAUGGGAAGUCAUCACAUUGUUGCACUCUGUGUCCUUAAAGGAGGCUAUAAAUUCUUUGCUGAUUUGCUGGACCAUAUAAAAGCACUGAAUCAAAAUGGUGAUAAAUCUGUGCCCGUUACCGUGGAUUUUGUCAGAAUAAAAAGCUACUGUAAUGAGUCACCUGCAGAAAAAAUCAGUUUUAUUGGUGAGGAGCUGUCUACACUAAGUGGGAAGGACAUUAUUGAGACUGGUAGAACAAUGAAAGCACUGCUUUCAAAACUAAAAGACAAGAAACCAAGGAUGGUAAAAGUUGUAAGCCUGCUCGUCAAAAGGACAUGUCAGAGUCCAGGUUACAGACCAGACUAUACAGGCUUUGAAAUCUCAGAUCAAUUUGUGGUUGGAUAUGCUCUUGACUACAAUGAAUACUUCAGAGAUCUAAAUCACAUCUGUAUUUUGAAAGAGAAGGCCAAAGAGAAAUACAGGAUGUGAUAAUCUCAGUCUUCUGGAGCACUGAUUUCUGGCUGCUGCUGAGGUGAUCUAAAGCAUGCCAUCAGGAAAUGACUUUUGCUACUUGCGUGUCCCUGAGCAGCAGGAGAAGCUCCCCGUUAGUGCCAGGAGCUGCAGCUCGCUCAUUGCCACGUGUAGGCAGCGCUGAACACGAGCUCUGCAGACGCUGGGAUUUUUCCUGCUGGAAGCAGCAGCAGCAGCAGCAGCAGCAGGAGCUGGGUGCGGGGCUCUGGCGAUAGCGAGAAACGUGCCCGGCACGUUCCGGGCCCCGCAGCGGAUUCCUUCGGCUCGUGGCGGGGCCCGAGGGAGCUCCGAGGGCGGAACAGGCCUCGAGCGGAGGCCGAGAUGGAAGCCAGGGGCACGGGCAGGGCUCGGGGUUGCCGGGGAACCGCGGCCGCAGCGGCCGCGGCGCUGCUGCUCCAGGCUCAGUUGCGUGGAGACCGCGAUCCUCGUUUUCUUGAGGCAUUGUUGAUCUUCUGCGACUUCCUGCUUUCAAAAUGCCUUCUGGAUUCCCAGAAAAGACAACGACACCUCCUCGGCUUUUGCUCAGGGAAAGACUGAAGUCUUUUAGUCUGCUUCCCUCUAGAUUCUCGAGAGAGAAGUUCAACAAGAAUGAGGCCAGUGCUGGGGAGAGUAGUCUGCCCAGAAUUGGCCCAUUUCUACACACGAGUGAGACUGGUCAGAAGUUGUUGCCAGUUCUCCCGAAACAGAGCUCGUUUCGUGUUUCCCCACCAGAGGUGGUGUUUCAGAACUUCGUGGCUCAUGAAGUCUCUGAAAUGGAACUGUCUCUCACAAAUGAGAGCAAGUGUGUUCAGCUGGUGCAGGUCUCCAUGCAGAGCUCGCCUUAUUUCAGGCUGGUGUGCCCCAACGACGCGUACCGUGCUGUGCCACGAGGUGCGACUGCCCGUGUGCGCAUUCAGUUCACCCCCAGCGAGAGCAAGGUGAGACUGAGC